AUGCAUCUCACCAACACCCUCGUCCCCUUCCUCCUCACUCUCGCAUCCCCAGCCCUAGCAGCCGAAGGCGUCAUCUCCAAAGACGGUCUCGGCACCGCCAUCGGUGGAGCUCUCGACCCCACCGUCACCCCGGCCCCUAAACCUGCUGUCGGCGCAGCACCAGCAGUUGCCGGCCCCUUGACCAUCGCCGUCACCAACUCCUUCGGAGCUGGCUUGUCGAUCUCGUUCCAGCACGACUCCGGCAGCUCAAGCGCCAUCAAUAACCCCACGCCUGGCCCUCUCGGCGGCGCGACGACCAUUAUCUACCCAAGUGGCUGGGCCGGCCGCAUUGCCGUCGGCAAGGUCAUGUCUGUAAUCAACAGUGGUAGCAAGAUCGAAGGCAGUUUCAGCCUGCCUACGUAUCAGCCGAACAUCGACGUCAGCUACGUCGAUGGCUACACGAUCCCCAUCACGUGCUCCUGCGGCGGCUCCGUCGUGACGGGCUGCAACCACCCCCUCUUCGCCGACCCCAUCACCUGCGCCAACGAAGGUCCCGGCCCCAUUUGCUACAACCCCCUCUGCGCCAGCGACCAAGCCGAGGGAACGGCCGCGGCGCCGUUCUUCGAGCCGUGCCGGGGCGCCGCGUAUACGUAUCCGAACGAUAGCGGCUGCAACGUCGACUACGUCAGCUGUUGCGUGGGGAGUACGUGCCCGGCCCCGGCCAAGCAGCAUGGCAAACGGAGCCUCGUCGGAGGACAUAGACAGAGGGAGGCCGUAGAUGCUGUGUGA